CAAAUGCAGUCCUCUGUCGACAUGUUUACAAGUACAUCAAGGUUCGUGCAUAUCUUACAUGGGAGCAUCCAUCGUGGCCGUUGCAGGUGCAGGCGCACCCAGCUAUGUAGUCGAUCGCCCCACGUGCUCUCUCACUCUCUCAAGCUCUCGAGCCAGAUCCAUUCCCCUUCGACUAUCCUGUCCAUCUCCAGACUCCUUCUACGUACGUGCCUUUGAACGACUGUCGAGACAAUACUCUCUCUUCUCUACUCACCAGUCUAGCCCGACAACACGCGCGAUGCAAGGGCCUGUACACAUCUAUGCAGGCGCUCACGGCCUUCCCUUUCCAUCCCAUGGCAUAUCACACACCACACAUGCUCGAUCCUUCCACGGUGCCUCUAUUUCUCCGUCCGAAUACAUCCGCUGA